AGGAAGAUAUGCAAAUGUCAUCCCCAGAAGCCGAAGCGCCACCAACACUAGAACCUGAAACGGUUGUAGUGAAGCCGUACGAUCCCAAGGCACAGAGCGGAGGUGCCGCAGCAGUGCUCAUGCAGCAAUGUCCCAACUGUAAGGAGAUGAUAUCCACACAUCAGAUCGAGGAACACAUCAGAAUUGAACUGCUAGAUCCCAGAUGGCGGGACCAGAAAGACCGCAUGCAACGCGAGAAACAAACGGCCCCGGAGGUGUACGCGUCCGCAAGCAACAUGGAGGCGUCACUGAAACACAUGGCUCAGUUCCGAACAGAUAUCUUUGGCAAUGAGAAGGAGACCGAUAUAGGUAGGUAG